UCCUUGCAAAGAACUUAUCCCAUCUGGACACUGUGCUUGGGGCUCUGGAUGUACAGGAGCACUCCUUGGGCGUCCUUGCUGUUUUAGUGUUUAUCGUGGGCAAUUGAAAGGCACCGUCUGCCAAGGGCAUCAGGAUGGACCAUCUGAGUCCUCCCUCUUCCCAGCACCUCCAGUUCUUCCCGUCCUGCUCCUCAGCUAGUGCUUUCUCCCAGAUGGACCCCAGCAUCGCCCAUCCUGGCCGUAGCCUUCUGUGGUCCACAGCUCUGCUUCCUUGUCCGCUCAGCCUGUUCUCUUCAGGGCAGGAAAGAUUUGUGAAGUUUUCUAUGCCCAGUGUUCCUGACUUCGAAACAUUAUUCUCACAGGUUCAGCUUUUUAUCAGUACUUGUAAUGGGGAGCACAUUCGAUAUGCAACAGACACGUUUGCUGGGCUUUGCCAUCAGCUAACAAAUGCCCUUAUGGAAAGAAAACAGCCCCUGCGAGGAAUUGGCAUCCUCAAGCAAGCCAUAGACAAGAUGCAGAUGAACACAAACCAGCUGACCUCAGUACAUGCCGAUCUCUGCCAGCUUUGUUUGCUGGCAAAAUGCUUUAAGCCUGCCCUUCCAUAUCUUGACGUGGACAUGAUGGAUAUUUGUAAAGAGAAUGGAGCCUACGAUGCAAAGCACUUUUUAUGUUACUAUUAUUAUGGAGGCAUGAUCUAUACUGGGCUGAAGAACUUCGAAAGAGCACUCUACUUUUAUGAGCAGGCUAUAACUACCCCUGCCAUGGCGGUCAGUCAUAUCAUGUUGGAAUCAUAUAAAAAGUAUAUUCUAGUUUCUUUGAUAUUACUUGGAAAAGUACAACAGCUACCAAAAUAUACAUCUCAAAUUGUGGGUAGAUUCAUUAAGCCUCUUAGUAAUGCAUACCACGAGUUAGCACAAGUAUAUUCAACCAAUAACCCCUCAGAACUCCGAAACCUGGUGAAUAAGCACAGCGAAACGUUUACUCGUGACAACAACAUGGGGCUGGUGAAGCAGUGCUUGUCCUCUCUCUAUAAGAAGAACAUUCAGAGGCUGACCAAGACCUUUUUAACACUAUCAUUACAAGAUAUGGCAAGUCGUGUGCAAUUAUCUGGACCACAGGAGGCAGAAAAAUAUGUCCUGCACAUGAUAGAAGAUGGUGAAAUUUUUGCAAGUAUUAAUCAGAAGGAUGGUAUGGUCAGUUUCCAUGAUAACCCUGAGAAAUAUAACAACCCGGCCAUGCUUCAUAACAUCGAUCAGGAGAUGCUGAAGUGCAUAGAGCUGGACGAGCGGCUGAAGGCGAUGGACCAGGAGAUCACAGUGAACCCCCAGUUCGUGCAGAAGAGCAUGGGGUCACAAGAAGAUGAUUCUGGAAACAAGCCAUCCAGUUAUUCUUGAAACAAAUGGCCAUCCUGAUUUAAACAAGAGGAACUAUCACCAUGGCCAGUAGCAACUAUUAGAAGGGCAGCAGGGAGGACUACGCCUGUUUCACCUGGACAUUAAGAAAUUACAUUUUGUUUUGACUUCUUCAGCCCUAUGUGCUUUCAGAAAACCAUUCUCUCUGCAAAGGGGAAAAAACAAACUUUAAAGUCUGUUGUGGAUUUAUUUAUCCUCAGAUUAAUGUUGUCAUUGCAUUAAAUCUACCCUUUUGUUUUAAAUUACGUAAA